AUGCAGGGAAGUUCGGAGACUGGCGCUUUGGCGGCAUUAAAACCGUAUCUGGAAUCUGUCUUCUCAAUAGAGGCUGAAAAACCUUUCCCCAAUUGUAGGGUUGGAAUCCGUGUGACAAAAUCCAACAGAUGGAAAGUCUUUUAUGUUAGCCAAAUCAGAGAAGAUUCGAUAUUUGUCAACACAAAACUCAAGACGGGAGAUGUCCUCGUCACCAUCAAUGGAAAACCAUGCCCGGAUACUCUACCAAAUGUUUUGGGGAUGUUGGCAAGCAUGACUGGCCCUGUCAAGCUUACGGCAGCCGCUACCAAAUCUUCCUUUGAUAUCGAAUAUGACGAUGAAGAAAAAGGCGAAGAGAAAGGCAUCGCCACUUCCUUCAGCACCUCCUCGCAGUCGACUCAUGUAAAUUUUGCAGGUGAGGUCACCAGCCGCAGGUUGACUACUUUUGAAGUUACCAAAAAGAAAAAGUCCGACAAGCUUGGCUUUACAGUGCACGUUUCGAGAUUCAAGAAUCCCGAUGGUUCCAAUCAACUAAUUGUUACAAGGGGUCAGCGAGAUGGCAGCUUUCCCGAUCUCAAAAGCGGGUCGAUACUCCGUUCCGUCAAUGGAAAACCGGCUACUGACUACAAGAAAACUGUCAAGCAAUUAAGAUCUUCGAGGUCUCUGAAUAUAGCUGUGGAGGAACCCUUGCGUCCCAGCCUCUUGGGACAGGAUCAACGGUCCAUCAUGUUUGGCAAACGGCAUAUCAAAAUCGAGACACCUCCCAAAGGCGUCAUUAUCAUUUGGUUUUUGAUUGCAGUGGAAUUGCUUUUUGAUCUUGUUACAACUUCCUUUGCAUUCAAGGCUUUUUUUGAAGAAUCGAGAACCUGCUGUGGAGAAAAGAUUGACAGUGGUGCAAUUCCCCUAGCUACUGCACUCCCAUUUGCCUUUUUGGUCGUUGCCGAAUUGGGCUUUUUGCUGCGGGCAAUGAGACUCACCAUGUGGCCUCCUACCGUUUCAGAAGAAGAAUUGGAUCCAAAUCGAUCGUGCAUUUCCAAGCUAUUUUUUGGCAGUAACCCUGGUAUUGUGAUAUUUGUCAUCAAUUUUUUGACCGUCAUCAAUCCUUUCUUUGGAUUCAUCAUUGCAUGGAUGUUGAUUUACCAGUCUGAUGAAAAAGAAGCAUACUUUGUUGUUGGAAUGGAGAGCAUUGCAGUUAUAUUGCACUUUAUCUCAGUUCAUUAUGAGGGGCAAGCAAGAACCAUGGUGGGAAAGCUCAUACACUCACUUGUCAUUAUUCCCUUCUUGGCAACUGGGGUACUACUUUCGUGGUUCUUGCAAGUAAAGGGAAUAUGUUACAACUCGGAAGUGAAUUUGUUCUGGUUUGAGGGUUGCGAAGUUUGUCCGACUGGAGUGCCACCAGAAAAUGGACUCUGUCCCAUCAUUGAGACUUUGAACGGAACCAACACAACGGUGGGAUAUGAACAGUACUAUCUUUGGGAGUUGGAGCAAACAAACUAUUGUGAUGGGGAAUUUCGUAUGUGCUUUUUCCCGUCGGACUAG